AUGGCUCGUUUUGUUGAAUCAGCCAGCCGGCACCCGGCAGGCCUCAAGGGCAGGAGGCGGCGAAGCAAACGCAGCAGGGCAACGAGGAUGGAAUGGGCAGAGCAGCGCGUUGUAGCGGCCGCAAGGCAUGUCAGACGCGGCCAGGAACAGCCGUCUACGGCCCACGAGCAGCGGAUGAACACUACGUUUGCGGGCGACGACGACAACGACGACUUUGCGGCGUGCCGUCACACAGAGUGA